GAGGUUGAGAUAAGAUCUUUGCUGCUGUUGCUGGUCGCCGGCUGGUGACGUGAGAGGCGGGCGCCGGGUGGAGAGGAGAGGAGACGAGAGGAGAUGAGGGAGACGCCGCUGUCCAACUGCGAGCGGCAGCUCAUCCUGCAGGCCAUCGCCGACAGGCAGCGUCUUGAUGGAAGGCAGACAUAUGAUUAUAGAAAUAUCAAGAUAACAUUUGGAACUGAAUAUGGCUGUUGCAUUGUGGAACUGGGUAAAACAAGGGUCCUUGCACAAGUAUCAUGUGAACUUGCUACUCCUAAACCUAGUCGGCCGACAGAAGGCACCAUCUUCUUCAAUUUGGAGCUCUCUCCAAUGGCAUCUCCUGCAUUUGAACCCGGCAGACAAUCGGAGUUGUUAGUCAAACUGAACCGCCUGUUGGAGAGAUGUCUGAGGAAUUCAAAGUGUAUAGACACAGAAUCCCUGUGCGUUGUAGCAGGUGCAAAGGUGUGGCAGAUUCGUGUAGACUUGCACUUGUUAAAUCACGAUGGCAACAUAAUUGAUGCAGCAAGCAUAGCAGCCAUUGUGGCACUGUCUCACUUUAAAAGGCCUGAUGUGUCAAUCCAAGGAGAAGUAGUCACUGUAUAUACAGCGGAGGAGCGUGAUCUGAUCCCACUGAGCAUCCACCACAUGCCCAUUGCAGUCAGCUUUGCUUUCUUUCAGCAGGGAACCUACUUGUUAGUAGAUCCAAUUGAACACGAGGAGCGGGUCAUGGAUGGACUCUUGGUGAUUGCCAUGAACAAACACCGUGAGUUGUGCACCAUUCAAUCCAGUGGUGGAAUUAUGCUCCUAAAAGAACAGAUUCUUCGUUGCACUAAAAUAGCUGGAGUGAAGGUGGCAGAGAUCACAGAACUAAUGCAGAAGGCUCUUGAAAAUGAUAAAAAUGUCAGAAAGGAAGGUGGAAAAUUUGGUUUUGCUGAAUCCAUACCAAACAAAAGGAUUACAUCUUUUAAACUUGAUGAAGUGGCUGUGCCUACAGAAGGAAUUGAAGAACAAGCUGAAGAAAUUGUGUCAAAGGCUGAAACAUCUCCAGCAGUCAUUCCAAAACCAAUUGUGCGUGCUCCAGGUACAGGUCAAAUUGGAGAGGGAAUUCAAAAUGAAUGGAUGAUCAAUGAUCUGGAAGAUGAUGAGGACGAAGAUGAAGAAGAUAUUGUCCCUGAACUAGGUGCCCAAAGUUUGGGUAAUGAAGCUGAGAUUAUCCAUCUGUCUGAAAGUGAAGAGGAGGAAAUGGUAAUAUUGGAACCAGAGGGAUGUCAAAAGAAAGAAAAAAAAACUUCUAAAGGAACACAGCAGAAAACAAGCAAAAUAAUAUCUCAAAAUAAGAACAAGAAAACACAGAGAAAAAAAAGAUCUCAACUGUGAUAUCUCUUUGCUUUGAAAUAAAUUGAUACAUAUUCUUGCAUUAACUUUUUAACGCGUUGCAUGGGCUCUCGAGAAAAAUGAUAACAAAUUGCCCCAUUUUCGGUAUCCAACAGUAUAAUUGGUGUGCCUAUGGUUUUAUAAAACCAAAUGCAUUUUGAUCAGGUAGAAUUGUUGAUUGUUCACAAGUUAUAGGAGUAGAAUUAGGUUAUUUAGCCCAUUGAGUCUACUCCGCCAUUCAAUCAUGGCUGAUCUCUACCUCCAAAUCCCAUUUUCCUGCCUUCUCCCCAUAACACAUUGUUUUAAUCGGAAAGUUUCUUGCUAUUUAUGGAUAACGUAUAGUUAACGUAUUGAACAAAGCUCUAACGGUUUUAAGUUCUAAUUCAUUACACAUCACUAUUUUAGCAGUUCGGCAUCUGAUACUGUUUAAUAGUUUAACUCAGGGGUUUCGUCAUUUCUGUAUACAUUCCCUUCAAAAUAUGUUAGAAUAACCAUUUUGCCAUUUUUUAAAAAGUUUUUAUUCAUUCCAAGGAACUCGUGGCUUGGUUAACUUGGUUGUGUCUUUUUCUGUUGAGAAUUUUGUAUAUGACUUGAGUUGUAAAAAAUAAAAACUUUUCUUGGAAGUUGAAAA